AGGCGCAACGUUCGGUCUGGGCUCGCCCGCUCUUAGCUGGGCCGCUUUUGACCGCGCGACGACCUCGUGCUUUCCUCGAGAUCACCUCUUUCUUCCUCACUUCUCGAGUCCCAAACCCUAGUAAUGGCGAAGCUCCACGCUCUCGUCGCUCUCCUCUUUCUUCUCCCCCUUUUAAGCUCAUCGUUCAACAUCGACAGCCCAACCGACCGCCGCAUCCUCGUCCUCGUCGACGAUCUCGCUCUUCAAUCCUCCCACUCUAUCUUCUUCAAUUCCCUGAGAUCCGGAGGCUUCGAUCUCGAUUUCAAGCUCGCCGACGAUCCCAAGCUCGCUCUCCAGCGCUAUGGACAGUAUUUAUACGAUGCACUUAUACUCUUCGCCCCUUCAAUCACUAGGUUUGGAGGAUCUGUGGAUCAGGCGGCGGUUCUUGAUUUCGUGGAUGCCGGCCGGGAUCUGAUUCUGGCGGCGGAUCCGUCAGCUUCGGAGUUGAUCAAGGGGAUUGCAGCGGAGUGUGGUGUUGAUUUUGAUGAGGAUUCGGAUGCAAUGGUGAUUGAUCACAUUGGUCAUGCGGUGUCAGAGACUGAAGGGGAUCAUACGUUGAUUGCAGCUGACGAUUUUAUCAAGUCGGAUGUGAUUUUGGGGAAGAAGAAGAUUGAGGCGCCUGUACUCUUCAGAGGAAUUGGUCACUCCAUAAAUCCUGCUAAUAGCCUGGUUUUGAAAGUCCUGUCUGCCUCUCCUUCAGCAUAUUCAGCUAACCCGAAAACCAAGCUUACAAGUCCUCCUCCUCUCACAGGCUCUGCUAUAUCAUUGGUUUCCGUUGUGCAGGCAAGAAACAACGCCCGCGUUUUGAUUUCUGGCUCAUUGGACCUAUUUAGCAAUCGAUUUUUAAGAUCUGGUGUCCAGAAGGUUGGAAGCUCAACUAAACAUGAGAAGUCUGGUAAUGAGCAAUUUGUGACUGAGAUUACUAAAUGGAUUUUCCAUGAAAGGGGUCAUCUUAAGGCUGCCAAUGUCAACCAUCACAAGGUCGGAGAAAUAAAUGAGCCCGCUAUGUACCGAAUCAAUGAUGAUCUGGAGUACGCUGUUGAGAUCUAUGAAUGGACUGGAACUGCAUGGAAACCAUAUGUAGCGGAUGAUGUACAAGUUCAGUUUUACAUGAUGAGUCCUUAUGUCCUGAAAACAUUGUCCAAUAACAAGAAGGGUGUUUACUCAACAACAUUCAAGGUUCCUGAUGUUUAUGGUGUUUUCCAAUUCAAGGUGGAGUACCAAAGGCUUGGAUACACAACCCUCUCUCUUGCAAAGCAGAUUCCAGUGAGACCUUUCAGACACAAUGAAUAUGAGAGAUUUAUUACAACAGCCUACCCAUACUAUGGGGCAUCAUUUUCUACUAUGGCUGGAUUCUUCAUAUUCACAAUUGCCUACCUGUAUCACAAGUAGAUGUUCUCUCUUAGAAUGGUCAGGUCCCACUAAGAGCGUUAGAUGCUUAGGUGGUGUUUAGAGCAUCAGAUUCGAGAUCAUACUUUGUAGAUGGAAUUUGAUGGAAUUUGACCAUGGAGCUUGAACCCAAGUUUUGAACUGUAGUUCACAACGAUAUCAACUAUUUAAUUCUUAUAUAAACAUGCCACCGCUCACAACCAUAUUGUCGCUAACCUUGCCCUUUGCUUUUGUUUUUUGGGCCUCCUUGAUGAUUCUCUACUCGAUGCAGUUAUGGACCAGGUUGGCGUUCAGAUUAAGCUUUCAAGGGUUUCCAUUCGCAGGGUAUCAGGAAACUUGUUCUAGAAUUUAUUUAUAUUUACUGAAAAGUUCCUUGUUUUAA